AUGAUCUGCGCAAAUGAUCAAAGCGUACAUCCGACCGAAUCAAAGACGACAUCGUCUCUAUCAUUCGAUAAUCUCCCAUCUGAUAUCAUUCACUUACUCUUCUUAUCCUUCGAUCAACUUCCGCAAUCAACCUUAUCGAAACUCGUUCAAUGUUCAUGGGACUUUCACGACCGAUUCACUCCUGUUCUAUAUGAAACGCUCAACGUAGACAAGACGAACGUGAACAGUGUUUUAGCCGGUUUAUAUGCACCCAAUCAGUGGCCUUCCAAUGUACAACAGAGGAGUGGUAGAGAAGGGCAGAAUAGAAAGAGAAGAAUACUUGGAUAUACCAAAAGGUUAACUAUAAAUGAUCUUCCCUCAGCGGAGUUCAUCUCUCAAACACUUCUCUCACAUCCCACUCAAACUCAGAAUCAUUUCCAAGCCCAUACCCCAGACACAAAUGAAAUGACGAAUCCUUAUUUCCCGGAAUUGAACGCAUCACUCUUCACCUCUCUUCAAACACUUCAUCUAUCCGCUAAAGCGAUCAUGGGAUUAGCUGGUAUAUACAAUGCAUCUUCAUGGGGAUCAUCACCAUUCAACAUACCUUCUCAGCCCAUCUUAAGGGCUUUACGAUAUAACAUCACACCUAAAGAAUUGCAUUUGGUUUAUCCAUCAUGUUUGGUCGGAUUACAUAUACACUCAUGUAUAGAAGAGGUCAUCUCAUACCUGACUCAAGGUUGGGAUCUCGAUAUACUGUAUUGGAAAGAAUUGACAAGAUCAUUGGUCGGUCCAGUACCGAAAUCCAGGAUACUGCAAUACGGAUUUUCGAGUUGUAUGCAUCCUACGAAAUGUUCUGAGACACUCAAAGGUUGUCCAAAUCAUUAUGAUCAUGUAUCAUUAACAUGUAGUACGUUCAUCAAUCACAUGUCGACUUUGCCAUUUUCAUCAAUGGAAGAAGCGGAGAAAGGCAUAAACAUGCAGUUGAACGGAUUAGGAUGUAUGUUUUCUCUGGAAUGGCGUAGAGUGGUAGAUGAAGUAUGGAGUAGGAUGGGUGUGUUGGACGAACAUGAUUGGGUCGAGAUGGAAAGGUGGAGAAUGGCAAAUAUCACUCUGACUGCUUAA